AAUGCUCAACCGCUGAGCGAUUCCCGGCCGGGCUAGAUUAUUUUUUUAAAUGAAGGUGAAGUCAGAUGUAACAAUACAAAUUUGGACAAGUGUUGAGAAAUUUAAUAUUUAUUAAAAAUUGAAAAUAACUUGUUUUCGUAGUUGUAAGAUAUAACUUAAAACUUGCAUGUAGUUACUAUGUUGACAUCGUUUUAAAGGGUUUGUUGUUAACAGUUAACAUUUAAUGUGUGCUUGCUGAGUGCCAUGCACUAAGUGCUUUACAUGUAUAACUAAUUUAACUGUGAAGUGAGACAGCUAUUACAGAUUUUUAACUAGAAUAUGUUUAUACCUGCCCUUGCUAGUGACCUCACCUUGCUAAAUCUAAUGGCUUGUUUUCAGUCCUUGUUUUACUUCACCUGCUAGCGCCAUUUGACAUGGUUGACUCUUCUUUUCUCCUCAGUACAGUUUUCUCUACUUUUCCAAGGAUGCCUCACUCACUUGGUAUUACUCCUGCCUCACUGGUGGCUUGUUCUCAGUUUCAUUUGCUGGUUUCUCCCUUCAUCCCAGCCUCUUAAUGUUAGUGUUCCUAGGUUUGGUUCUUGGUCCUCUUCUCCGUAUUUUUCUCAUGAUUGAGCUCAUCCAGUCUUAAUGGCUUUAAGGACUAUCUAAAGGGCUAUGACUCCCAAAUUUAUAUGUAGCCCAGACUUUUUCCCUGACAGUCUCCUCAAUGUCAUUAUUAAUAAUGAGAUAUUAGUUGGAUAUCUAAUAGUAUUUCAAAGUUAGCAUUUCCAAAAUCCAAAUCAGAUAGCAUUAAUAAUUUUAAAAAAAACAAAAACCUCUAAAUAAUGUGCAUCUGUAUAGAACUGGGGUGGAGAUCAGAGAUUGGUCUUUACAACUCUAGUGAAAUAGUAUUGCUUUAUUUUGGGGAUAGACUUUCUUCUUAGUUCUGAGCCAGUUGUACUAUAUGUUCCCUUAAUUAGUUUGGCCUGAAAUCAACUUUCUCCUCCUUCCAUUUACUUUUGUUUCUGUCUUUUAGACCUUAGAUUUAAUGACAAGUGAAUUUGGAUGGUCGGAGGCAGAUCACUAUUUCUGAAAGUAAAACAUUUUAAUUCUUUUUCACCUGCAUUGUUCAUCAUAGUAAAAACCAGGUCUGUUUUUUAGGUAUCAUCUUUAUCAGAAAGUGAAGAAUCUCAGGACUCAUCUGAUAGUAUAGGCUCCUCACAGAAAGCCCACGGGAUCUUAGCACGGCGCCCAUCUUACAGUUGCCAUUGCCCCAAAUGGAGCCUUACAGCUGGCCAGUCCAGGCACAGAUGGAGUACAGGGACUUCAGACACUAACCAUGACAAAUUCAGGCAGUACUCAGCAAGGUACAACAAUUCUCCAGUAUGCACAGACCUCUGAUGGACAGCAAAUACUUGUGCCCAGCAACCAGGUGGUUGUACAAACUGCAUCAGGAGAUAUGCAGACAUAUCAGAUCCGGACCACACCUUCAGCUACUUCCCUGCCACAGACUGUGGUGAUGACAUCUCCUGUGACUCUUACAUCUCAAACAACUAAGACAGAUGACCCCCAAUUAAAGAGAGAAAUAAGGUUGAUGAAAAACAGAGAAGCUGCUCGAGAAUGUCGCAGAAAGAAGAAAGAAUAUGUGAAAUGCCUGGAAAAUCGAGUUGCAGUCCUGGAAAAUCAAAAUAAAACUCUAAUAGAAGAGUUAAAAACUUUGAAGGAUCUUUAUUCCCAUAAAAGUGUUUGAUUCUUGAGAAAGAAAAUAUUUUGUGGACUUGCCUAAAAAUUUAGAUGGAUUUUUCUUCUUAGUGGAGUUUUAUAAAUUAAAAGGUCAAAAAAGAAGCUUUCAUUUAGGCUUUUGCAACUGAAAGAUAAAUGUCUUAUGCGAGAGAUCUAGUGACAGAGGAUAAAGUGGAAAAUGACCUCAAGGAAGAUACUGGCACAACUGGAAGCUCUGUAAAAAUUACACAUACUCAAGAAGCAGGAAAUGAACAUUCACCAGUUUGAAUUUUCUAAAUAACAGUAGUCAAUAAUCUAAAAGUGGCAGAUAAGAUGAAAUUUGGUAAAUUUUUAAAAAUAAAUCAAUUUACCCUAUAGGUCUGCAUUUCAUACUGUUUCCUAAAAUUUACUUUUUUCAAUUUGUGUGUGUGUGUGUGUGUGUGUGUGUGUGUUUUUUUUCUGCCAAUAAAUUCUAAAUUACCAAUAUAAAAGAAAAACUAAUACAUAACUAAAUAUAAAUAAUUAUGUGUUCUGAUUAUAUAUACUUGUUCUAUUGUCAAGUCUUUUAAAUGGGUUUUUAAGUUUGUUUAUUGGACUUGAAAGCGUUUUGAAGACUGGGUUAGACUAUUUUUUGAGGCCUUGUCCUAACAGGCGUCUAAGGUACAUGAAUGGGGUGUGGUGUUUUUAUAACAUUUAUUAUCAGAAUGGAAAGAAAACUGUUUAAAAGUUUGACACUUUUAAACAGUUUAUUUUUGGGUUAUUCUGGGAAUGGUGAUUUUCUACAAAUAUAUAGCAGAUUGUUUUUUGAUUCUGUACUCUUUGAGCAGUUGAAUAUACAUUACUUACUCUGUUGUGCUUUAAUAGAAUGGAAUGUUUACAGGCCCUUGAGGUGAUAGAGUAUUUUUUAAAACCCUUCUGAAGACGUAUACCAAAGUUUUCCAAGAUUUUAUAAUCGAUUUAAUGUAAGAUUUAUCAGAUUCUAAAAUAGUACAGUUAUUAAAGCAAUUUUAUGUUAGAGACUAUUUUGUAAUGUAGUGAAUGGUACAUUUAUAAAAGUGACUGCCAAUAUAUUUUUAUAGCUAAUCUUUAUAAAUUCUAAAGUUGAGUUUUUAAUGAUUAUUUUAAAUGUUUAUAUAGUUUGUUUAGUAAAAAAAAAAUAUUUUGCCUCUCAAAGUAUCAUUUUAUAUUCUAGGAAGUAAAGUUUCAGAUUGGCUAAUAUCUGGAUUCUAAGUUUUAUAUGCAGUUUUUCCAAAGUUCACAAAUGCUGUCAGUACACCAGUGUUUAACUUCUGUAUUCCAAUUUCUAUACACUUUGAAAUUGUACUGCAAAACUGUUGUGUGCUUCUUAUACAACAUGUAUCAUAUUGUUGUCUGAAAUUAAAGGACAUUUGAUAAAAUUAA